CAAUAUUCGUGUACCGUGCGCACUCCAGACGAAGGCCUCGCCGUUCAGGGCGACUAGGGUAAUCAUGCCGAGGCGCGAUUCGGCAGCCGAAACGUGGUGAAACGAGAAGCCGGUCGGUAUUUGUGUUUACGUCCGUCGCAGGAAUCGUCCUCGCCGAAUCUGCUGUCGAACAAGCAACAGGCUGCUCGGUGUGUGGUUGAUGCCCGUAGGUGUAGUUUUGCCGCUUACGGCUGCCAACGCAGCUGCAGCGGCAAAUAGAGGUGCUAUCGCGAUCAGGUUUGACAGACCAGAUUGCACCUCUGGAGCUGCGCCCAUGGACUACUACCAUCAACAGCAACCUCACCAAGCACCCCCUCAGCCCGUACCUGCCCCAAGCUACCCUUUGACGAAUCCUCAAAAUACGUACAACCAGUAUGGACCAAGCACUUCCACGGAAAAUUACAUCCAGUACCCCACCUCACAUAUAUUCCAGCAACACACGACGACAGAGGUAACGACGACGUCACUGGGAUACUCGGCAGACCCAGUGACGAAAGCAGUAAUGGACAACAUCCUAGGAAAAUUGCCGACUAAGAAAAAUCAACUGGUGUACCGAUGUGAGGUCUGCAACAUGGAUUUCUCGGGACAGAGUGUGCUGGACAUGCAUUUAACAGGAGCCAAGCAUGCGAAGAAAGUAAAGUCAAUGCAAAUUCUCAAUGAUCUUUCUGCGACCGGGCAGUUUACCACUAAAGGCAACUCUCUGUGGUGUGAAGCUUGUGGAAUAGAAGCUAAUUCUUCUCAGCAGCUACAAACACACCUCUCCGGUAACAAACACAAGCAAAGAGUUGCGAAACUGGCCACCAGCGGUCAGAUCCCCCCGAUGCCAGUACCGCCACCUGCACCACUCCAGCCCCCCUUGGCACCAAGCCAGAUUGACUCUGUCCUUAUGCCCCCGCCCCCUCCACCCCAAUUACCUUUCCCUGGAGAGCCAACAGUUCCUGGAGAAGAAUCGCCUGCAAGUCUGCGGAACUACGUCUGCGAUAUAUGCGAAUUGAAUCUGAAUUCUGCUCAGCAACUAACACAACAUCAAGAAUCGCGCAAACACAAAGAAAAAGCUUCUGGACGCUAUCGACACAGCCCAUAUGGAAGCGGUGCAUCCAGGUUCAAACAGAAUACGAAAAAGAAGAAGAAGAAAAAGGUCAAUCCGACAGCAUACCUGACCCCUCUGAGCGCCAGUUUUGUGCGCGGCAACAUGCUCUAAUUAGUGCAUUCAGUGAUCAAAGACUUAUUAUUUUCCUUAACCAUUACUUGGUUUUGAGGCAAUUUGUAGAUGCGUCUGCGUUUGCUUUGCAUUUCUUGUCUCAUAUUUAGAGAAAAAAAAUCAAAACAUGAGCUCACAGUCGAUUGGCUUACUCUUCUACGUAAACUACAAUACAAAAUAAUUAACUAUAACAAUGACAAGUUAUUACCUAAAUAAAGAUAAACGCGCCAAAUGAAACUUUGAAA